AUGCCAGCACACCACCUGACGCCCUCGGAGGCGCAGAUACUGUUCGAGACGCACGCCUUUCUCCUCGUCUCGAACCUGCCGGCGCGCACCCAGCUCCUCAUCGACGGCCACCCGACCUGCUACCUCACCGACGCCUCGUUCCAGGGCAUCAAGCUCAUCCCGCCCGGAUGGCACUGCAUCAGCUGGUGCCUCCCCUCUCGCGCCAACGUCGACGCCGACGCUGACACCACGGGCACAGCCACGGCCGGCAUCGACAACGCCUUUGGAAUCAGGAAUGUCCUCCUUCGCCGCUUUGCACCGGGAGAGGUCGUCGUGCGCCACUUUGACGCGGCCCUCGAGCAACUCGUCUUGCCCCCUUUGUCGUCGUCGUCCUCGUCGUCGUCCUCCUCCUCCUCGUCGCACGCCAACGCCACCGUUCCGGGAAGCACCGCGGCACCAUCGACCCGCACAGGGCCAGCACAGGCGAGACGCACCAAACUCCGUCGCAGGCUCCCUCCCCCCUCCUCGUCCUCGUCCUCGUCGCCGCCCGAGCGAACACCCACAGUCACAUCACCAGAGUACCUGCAGACGCUCGACCCACACCUCCUCGCGUACCCGCACGAGGCGCUGGGGAACUGGCACCGCGCCACGUCCUGGCUCAGCCGCGACGGCGGCCGCAUCGGCGGCGCAGUCGUCGCGCGCAUCGUCGGCCUCCAACCCGGUACCGGCGAUGCGGUCGUCGAUAGCAUGACCACCGGUCCGGACGACGCCGAUGCCGAAGAUGGACUGGCUGCAAGGGCGAAGGGCGGGAGGCGGAUAUGGGGCAAAGCUCGACCUGCGACCAGCGACGUGGAGGACGAGGUCAUGCAGCGGUUCGAAGUCGUCCCCAGCGACGACGAGGAGAAGGAGGACGGAGCGCAACAACGAAAGAGGAAACGGGAUCGGUCUGCACAUCCUGCCGACCUCAGCGACGACGAGGACGGAGACGACGGCCGCACGCUGCGCUUUACGCCGUUGGACCUGCGGCGCAGCUGGCCGCCGGGUUCGACGGGAUCGACGCUGACGCGGUGGAGCCAGGACAAGAGCUACCUCCUCGUCGAGACGAUGCGCCGCUGCCGCGUCCGCGCCGGCGUCCUCCCCGAUCCGGCCGGGAGCAACGCUGGCGUCGUCGAGCAGCACUCCCACGACGGCGACGACGACGACGACGCAACGAUGGGCGCGCUGCUGUGCGAGUUUGAGCUGUGCUUCCACCUCUUUGUGCACAGCCACAACCACGCCGCCCUGUCGCAGUGGACGCGGCUCGUCUCGCUCUUUUGCCACUCGUCGUCGAUCCUCGGCGCAUCGAGCGGCUUCGACCCGCACCCUUCCUCGAUCGAUGCGGCGCAAAGAGCCAGCGGCGGCGGAGACGGGAAUGGGGUGCAAUCUCUGGUCGCGGUGACGGUACGACCGCACGUCUCCUUUCUCCGCGCUCUCACUGCCCAACUCGAGCUGCUCCCCUCUUCGUUUUGGUCCGACCAAUCACCCGGGUCAGGAGGAGGAGGAGGGGCGAAGGAGGAGGUGGAGCUGGUCAAGAACCUCGGCACGCUGCGCGUCCACGUCGCGCGCGCCCUCGUCGCCUCGUCGUCGCGCGACCCUGCCGGCGAAGAGGCCCUCAUCGCGGCAUGGAGGUCCCUCUCGCACCUCGUCAAGCGUCGCUUCGGCUGGGACCUCGAUAGUCUGCUCGACGAGGAAAGGGAGGUCGAGGAUGACCUUUAUGCCGAACUCGGCGACGAGGCGCCCGUCGUCGUCGAGUUGUAG